AUAUUGUUGUUUGUGGUUCUGCCGACUUCACUCAGUUUUAUUAGGUUAGCUUUUUGUUGUACUUUUACAGUAAUGUAAUUUUAAUUAGGUUUAAACAUAAUAAAUGGUUAAAAAUCUAUAAUAUAUUUUAAGCUUUAGUGACUUAAAAUUAAUUGAUUGAAAAUGAAAAUCGCUGUAGAAGGAUGCGCCCAUGGCCAAUUAGAAAAAAUAUAUGAAUGUAUUGAAGCAACACAGAGAAGAGAACGUAUAAAAAUUGACUUAUUGAUAUGUUGUGGUGACUUCCAAUCUGUUCGCAAUCAUGAAGAUCUUGGGACAAUGGCUGUACCAGAGAAAUACCAACAUAUGUGCUCUUUUUACAAGUAUUACAGUGGUGAGAAAAGAGCUCCGAUAUUAACACUAUUUAUUGGUGGGAAUCAUGAAGCAUCUAACUAUUUACAAGAGCUCCCCUACGGGGGUUGGGUGGCUCCUAACAUAUAUUACUUGGGCCGAGCUGGAGUUGUGAAGUUUGGAGAUAUAAGAAUAGGAGGAAUGUCUGGAAUAUACAAGCCACAGGACUACUUACAAGGACACUGGGAAUGUUUACCUUAUAAUCAAAGUUCUCUUAGAACAGUUUAUCAUGUCAGGUCUCUAGAAGUGUUCAGAUUGUGCCAACUGAGAAAUAAAAUCCAUGUUAUGUUAUCGCAUGACUGGCCAAGAGGUAUCACAGAUUAUGGUGAUACAAACAAAUUGUUAAAAUGGAAAACUUUCUUGAAGGAAGAUAUAGAGUCUAAUAGAUUAGGCAGUGUCCCAGCGAUGCAAGUACUUCGCACUCUGAAGCCAGACUAUUGGUUUGCAGCACAUCUGCAUUGUCAAUAUGCAGCCCUCGUCAAACAUGAGGAUACAGAAACGGAGACUAAGUUCUUGGCUUUGGACAAAUGUUUGCCAAAGCGCAAGCAUUUGCAAAUACUGGAUAUACCUUCAGAGUAUGACGGAGAGUUGUGCCUAAGACAUGACGUGGAAUGGCUAGCAAUAUUGAAGAAUACUAAUCAUUUGCUGAGUGUAAGGAAUAUGAAUUGUCACAUGCCUGGGCCUGGUGGACAUGGAAGGUUUGAUUUUUCACCUACUGAUGAAGAGAAAGAAAAUGUAGUCAGAUUACUUGGAAGCCUUGUUAUAAAGGAAGAAAGUUUCGUGAGGACUGCUCCAAUUCACGAUCCAAAUGCUAGAAAAGUUGUUCCUACUGUACCAAUACUGAAUCCACAAACAGAAGCUCUGUGCGAAAAAUUGGGUAUUGAUGAUCCUGUACAGGUAGUAAUGGCGCGAACUGGUCGCACAAUGAAACAACCACAUGCCGCAACUCCCGGAGAAGGAACAAGGCCUACUAGUUCAGAAGAGAAUGUCUCUCAAGUUGUAUCUCAAAGUCCAUCUCAGACCCCUAUGAAAUCAUUAAGGCUGUCAUUACUUCUCCCCGCACCAGUCACUCCUAGUAAUGAGAAGUCACUACAGGCUACAUCUCCAGAAACUACUACAGUACCAGAUACUCCAGAAAGCACAAUGUUUUAUGAAUGUAGGACCCCCACGUCUACGGGUCCAAAGAAAACCUUUAAAAGACGUAACAUGUCUAAUUACACUCCAGAUCCUGAUGAGAGUGUUAGCACUAAAUCUAGUUCUUCAUUCGAUGAUAGUCCUCGAUCUAGUAAAUUACCUUACAGAGGAUACCAAUGAAAGUAUACAUAUAGUACACAUCACACCAUAUCUGAAGAUGCUUCACGCAGACAAUGCAUUCCUGGUGUUAUUCUACCCUUAGGCCCUGUGUGAAUCUACCUAGCAAUAUAAUUUCAGCUCAACUCUAUGUUAUAACGUAUGUAGUGAAAAUGUAUGCGAAUUUAGGCAAAUAAUGAAGUGCAAUGUAUUAAAAAUUAUAGAUAAAUAAUAAAAUUAGGGUUAAAAAUGUAUUGAACUUUUUCUAUAGACUCUUCAUUUAGAUCUAAGCUAGAAUCAUGAUCAAGUCACAAGAUUGCAUAGAUGCCUGGCAAUUUCUCAACCGUUAGAAUAAUUCAUGUUAUCUGUAGAAUUUAAUAUAAUUGUGCUGUAACAUAUCCUGAUUCUUUUUAUAAUAUACAACAUUUAUGAAUCUUAACAUUGAUUUAUUAUGUACUAAAAUACUCUAAUGCUGCAUUUAUCAUUAGAUUAGUCAGACAUAGGUGUAAGUCUGGCUCUACAGUUGUUAGUUUGGCUCAUGUAAUUAAUGUAGCUUAUGUAAUUAUCUUAAAAUAAAUUUACAUAUGUAUAAUCCUUUUUUAAAUUGUAUGUAGUAUUUUAAAUUUUAAAACCUACAUUAGUUACUUAUGCAAUUUUUCUGAAAACCGCUUACAGUUCUAGUCAGGGUUAAGUAACAAAAAAAGAUUGGUUCAUAAUU